UCUUCUUGUUGAUGUCCGGUUGUGUUUGCCUUCGCUUCGCUGCUGGAUCGGGAUGGAGGAAGGGGAGAGGAGAAAUUGGGGGCAAUCUACCCAAAGGGAGACCUUAUUAUUCCCUCGUCCGUCUGUCUUUUGCCCAGUUGGACUGGCUCAUUAGUGUAUGGGUGCCCUUCACCACAACCAUCUGAGGUGUAUGUGUGUGGCAAUUAAUGGACUGAUCUCUCUAGCGUCAGGAAAGGCCGGCCUGCGUUCUUUGUUUACUAGUGUUUCGGUCUAGACUGACUCACAGUCGGUGUUCAACUUGAAGAGACUCUCUGGUGUACUCAACUGCCAAAAAGGAGAGCAUUGCACUUAUGUAGGAGACACCUAGCUACCAAGGCCCCCUUUGUUGGAGUUGAACACAACCCUGAUCAAGUCCUCCUCCCGACUGCCCCUGUCAGGAAGCAGGCUCAAGAGGGGUCCUGACCAGAUGGAGGAUGCCCUGGAGCCUGCAAAGAAACGAACACGAGGCGUGGGUGCGGUGGCCAAAGUUGACACAUUCCGCCCCAGAGGACCACUCAGCACAGUGUCGCAGACCCAGGGCCACACUGCAGCUCCAAAAGGCCCUAAGAAGACAGGACCUCGUGGGUGCUCUGCUGUUGGUACAGUGCUGAGGAACCAGAAGCCAGCUCCCACUGCUCCUGCCCAGAAGCCUGGCACAUCAGCUGCUCCUGUGGUAGUAGGGAAGAAACCUGGCAAGCGUCCUGCCUGGGACUUAAAGGGUCAGUUGUGUGACCUCAAUGAAGAGUUGAAACGAUAUCGGGAGAAGACUCAAACGCUGGACCGGGAGAACCAGGGGCUUCGGGAGCAACUCAGAGAGGUCCAGGAGCAGGCCACGACCCUGGGGACAGAGCGGAACACCCUGGAGGGGGAGCUGGCCAGUGUACGCGCCCAGGCUGAGCAGAGCCAGCAGAAGCUGGAGACACAGAGCGCCCGUAUCUUGCAGCUGGAGGAAUGUCUGGGUACCAAGGAAAGACGGCUUCAGGAGCUUCAGGAAGAGCAGCUGCAAUUGCAGGAGGAGCGGAGCACACUGAGCACCCAGCUGGAGGAGCGGGAGAGGAAGCUUCAGGCUUCGGAAGCAGCUCUGUCGAGCAGCCAGGCAGAGGUGCUGUGUCUUCAGGAGAAGGCUGCAGCCCAGGCGACCUUACUGGCUGAGCAAGGAGACAGGCUCUAUGGAUUACAGAUGGAGCGGCGGCGACUGCACAACCAGCUGCAGGAACUGAAGGGCAACAUCCGGGUAUUCUGCCGGGUGCGCCCUGUCCUUGCAGGGGAAUCCACCCCAUCUCCUGGCUUCCUCGUGUUUCCUCCUGGCCCUGCUGGACCCUCCGAUCCCCCAACUCGCCUUAGCGUCUCACGGUCCGACGAUCGGCGCUCGACCCUGACUGGGGCACCAGCGCCCACUACCCGCCAUGAUUUCUGCUUUGAUCGGGUGUUCCCACCUGGAAGCAAGCAGGAGGAGGUGUUUGAGGAGAUCUCCAUGCUUGUCCAGUCAGCACUGGAUGGCUACCCUGUGUGCAUCUUUGCGUAUGGACAGACAGGCAGUGGCAAGACCUUCACUAUGGAGGGUGGGCCAAGGGGAAAUCCCCAACUGGAGGGGCUGAUCCCUCGGGCCAUGCGGCAUCUGUUCUCUGUGGCCCAAGAGAUGGGUGGCCAAGGCUGGACAUACAGUUUUGUGGCAAGUUACGUAGAGAUCUACAAUGAGACCGUCCGAGACCUGCUCGCUACUGGGACCCGCAAGGGACAAGGGGGCGAGUGUGAGAUUCGUCGGGCAGGUCCAGGGAGUGAGGAGCUUACUGUCACCAAUGCACGAUAUGUCCCUGUUUCCUGUGAGAAAGAGGUGGAGGCUCUGCUCCAUUUGGCUCAUCAGAAUCGGGCUGUGGCCCGCACUGCUCAGAACGAGAGAUCGUCGCGCAGUCACAGUGUGUUCCAGCUGCAGAUCUCUGGAGAGCAUGCUGCUCGGGGCCUGCAUUGUGGUGCUCCCCUCAACCUUGUGGACUUGGCUGGGAGUGAGCGGCUAGACCCUGGCUUAGCCCUAGGCCCUGGAGAGCGUGAUCGUCUUCGGGAAACACAGGCCAUUAACAGCAGUCUGUCUACACUGGGACUGGUCAUAAUGGCCCUGAGCAAUAAGGAGUCCCACGUGCCUUACAGAAACAGCAAGCUGACCUACCUGCUGCAGAACUCUCUGGGUGGCAGUGCCAAGAUGCUCAUGUUUGUGAACAUUUCUCCUCUGGAAGAGAAUGUCUCCGAGUCUCUGAAUUCACUACGCUUUGCUUCCAAGGUGAACCAGUGUGUUAUCGGUACUGCUCAGGCUAAUAAGAAAUGAAGAUGGAUCCAGAGCCUGAUUCCCUUGCACGUGUCUCUGUUUUGGUGUAUAUGUAUUCUGUGGUGGUGGGGUGGGGGUUGAAACAUGAUUUUAUUGGGUGGACAACAUUAUGUACCCAAACUAUCAAAUAAAGAAAAUUUGUUGUAGGUUAAUUUUUUUCUUAAUCUUAGAUUUAAAAAGAUUGUGUCCAGCCGGACAGUGGUGGCAGAGGCAGGCGGAUUUCUGAGUUCGAGGACAGCUAGGGCUACACAGAGAAACUAUGUCUGAAAAAAACAAACAAACAAAAAGACUAUCCAGUUGCUUUGCCUGUGUAUCCUGUGCAUGCCUCCUGCUCCUUGAUGAGUUCAGAAGAGGCUUCAGGUUAUGCGAUUAUGUAUAGUUGUGAGCAUUGAUGUGGGUCCUGGAACAGAACCUGGGUCCUCUGCAAAAUCAGUAAGUGCUCUUAACCGCUGAGCCAUCUUUCCAGCCCAGCCCUCGUUACAGCUCUUAAUGGUUUUAGGAAUAUUAGUAGCUGCUAGAGGACGGUAUUGUAAAUAAAAACUGUAAGCAU